AUGCCUCUGGCGGAGGAUUUACUGCAGGCUGAUGGCCUCUCUCCUUCAACAGCCAGCACGGUCGCUGCCCAGUCAACUGCAGCCGAGAUUGCGGAAAGGGGCUUGGUUGGUACCUCUGCUUCAGAUGAUUCUGUGUUUCGCCAACCUCUGAACCGCGCCACGGGAAGUGGCCUCUUUGGUGUGGCCUACGCACCCUACAACGCUGACGGCAGUUGCAAAUCUGCAAAUCAGAUCAUGUCAGACUUUGGUGUGCUGGGCAAGACCUACGGCAUGGUUCGUGUCUACGGAGUGGACUGCAACCAGAUUCCAAGCGUGUACGCAGCCGCCAAGGCCAACAACCUGCGUGUCAUGUACGGCAUCUUCAGCCUCGACAACCUUGGCGACCAGAUCGCUACGCUUACCAGUGGCAUCAACAGCGACUGGUCCAAUGUAGACACUGUGAGUGUCGGCAACGAGCUUGUGAACAAUGGACAGGCCUCUCCGCAGCAGAUCCUCGACGCGCUAUCGAGCGCUCGACAGAUGCUCAAGGCCGCCGGCUGGGGCGGUCCUGUUGUGACCGUGGAUACCUUUGUCGCUGCGCUGGCACACCCAGAGUUGUGCUCGGCAAGUGACUACUGUGCGGUCAACAUCCAUCCGUUCUUCGACCCCAACACACCUGCAAGCUCUGCGGGCACAUUUGUCCUGAACAUGGUGCAGGCCCUGCGGACCAAGCUCGGCAACCCGUCUGCACGAGUGCGGGUGACGGAGUCCGGCUGGCCGUGGCAGGGAUCCGCCAACUCUCAAGCCAUCCCCGGCGUCGACAACCAGGCAGCUGCUGUCGACAGCAUCCAGAAGGCAUUCUCCAGUAACCCAGAGGACAUGGUGCUGUUCUCUGCGUUCAAUGACCGGUGGAAGACGGCGGCGGAACCGACCUUCUUUGCGGAGCAGUACUGGGGGAUGGGAACAGCUGACGCUCCUUCUGCAUGA